GCGAAACCAUGACCACAUUCCUCUGCCACCCCCUUCUUCAGUUCUUCUACACCCCUUUACGAAAACCCAUUAAACCACGACUCAUCUCUCUCUAGAAAAAUUGGGGCUUUUUCUCUCUCUAACAUCGUCAUGAAAGAAGGAGAAGAAGCUGAGAUUGAGCGGCUCCCGAUGGACCUGCUUGCUCACAUAUUCGUAUUCAUCACCUGUUUCAAGGAUUUAGCUCAGACGAGUAGUGUGUGUAAAAAGUGGAGGGAAGGUGUGAAGCAAUCGAUGGGGAGAAGAGAGAAAUUGAGUUUUGCGGGUUGGAAAAUGGACGAUGAGUCGACUUGUCGUCUCGUUCGUUAUGCUUAUGGUCUCAAGGAGCUUGAUAUUUCAAAAAGCCGCUGGGGUUGCCAAAUUACAGAUAACGGACUGUACCAAUUAUCCACUGCAAAAUGCAUCGUCAACCUGUCCUCGAUAUCUUUAUGGGGUAUGACGGGGAUCACUGACAAAGGCGUCAUUCAACUGAUUUCAAGGGCCAAUUCUUUGCAACACCUAAACAUUGGGGGUACUUUCAUUACAGACGAGUCUGUGUUCGCGAUUGCUGCCAGCUGCCCGCAUUUGAAGAGCGUGGUAUUGUGGGGAUGUCGUCAUGUAACUGAAAACGGACUUGUAGUUCUGGUAAACAAGUGUCCUAAACUGAUGACGAUAAACGUAUGGGGGAUGAGAGUACCUUUUGACUUUUUCUUGACCCUGUUGACCAUUCGUCCAGCUCUUCAGAUCGUACCCCAAUCGAUCCUCAAUAUGGAAACCAUACCUCUAUUACCUGUAUUUUGAGGUGGUUUGGAUGCAUUGUGUACAGAUUUGUUCAUUAUUAUUCCUUUAAAAAUGUGUACAUAUGUUGUUAUUGUAAUUGAUUUAUCAACGAAAUAAACUGGACACUUUGCGGAUGAACCUGCAGCAUGUGGGUUUUUGUGUUAAUAUAUGGUUGAUGUGUGUUUA